AUGAAAAUUUCGGAGGUAAAAAGUACAACGCGCGAGCAGCGUAUUACUCCUCAUACGCAUAUAAAAGGACUCGGACUAAAUGAAGAAGGGAGAUCUUUUCAAGUCGCGGACGGAUUCGUUGGACAAACGUCCGCAAGAGAGGCCUGUGGAAUUAUUGUCGAUAUGAUUAAAUCCAAAAAAAUGGCCGGUCGCGCGUUACUUUUAGCUGGCGCACCCGGAACUGGUAAAACCGCUAUUGCUCUCGCGAUAGCUCAAGAACUUGGUUCAAAGGUCCCUUUUUGUCCGAUGGUUGGUAGUGAGGUUUAUUCCUCUGAAGUUAAGAAAACUGAAGUAUUAAUGGAAAAUUUUCGAAGAGCAAUAGGUUUGAGAAUUAAGGAGACCAAGGAAGUAUACGAGGGAGAAGUAACUGAACUUUCUCCUGAAGAGAUAGAAAAUCCUUUGGGUGGUUAUGGGAAAACUUUAUCACAAGUGAUUAUUGGAUUAAAAACCGUUAAAGGAACAAAACAAUUGAAACUAGAUCCAAGUAUUUAUGAAAGCAUACAAAAGGAGAGAGUUACUGUUGGAGAUGUCAUAUAUAUUGAAGCAAACACUGGUGCUGUAAAGCGGGUCGGCAGAUCCGACGCUUAUGCUACGGAAUUUGAUCUAGAAGCUGAAGAAUAUGUGCCUCUACCAAAAGGAGAAGUCCAUAAAAAGAAAGAAGUUGUUCAAGAUGUUACAUUAAAUGACUUAGAUAUUGCGAAUGCAAGACCUCAGGCAAACAUAAUGUCAAUGAUGGGCCAGUUAUUAAAACCAAAAAAGACCGAAAUCACGGACAAGUUACGAAAAGAAAUUAACAAAGUGGUUAAUAAGUAUAUAGAUCAGGGUAUUGCCGAAUUAGUUCCAGGAGUUUUAUUUAUUGAUGAGGUACAUUUACUAGAUAUUGAAUGUUUUACGUAUCUCAACAAAGCUCUGGAAUCUACUUUGUCUCCAAUAGUAAUAUUUGCUACAAAUAGAGGAAUGUGUCAAGUGAGAGGAACAGAAGAUAUUGUUGCUCCUCAUGGAAUCCCUGUCGACUUGCUUGAUAGAAUUUUAAUUAUUCGUACAUUACCUUAUACAUUGGAAGAUAUCAGAGCAAUAGUACAGAUUCGUGCAAAAACUGAGGGACUAACGUUAUCAGAAGAUGCUUUAAAUCAUUUGGCUGAAUCUGGUGUUAGGACAUCGUUGCGCUAUGUCAUUCAACUCCUUACGCCUGCAAGUGUUCUUGCACGUAUAAAUGGUCGCGAAAACAUUACUUUAGAAGAUAUAAAGGAAGUCGAUGAUUUGUUUUACGAUGCUAAAUCGUCUGCAAAAGUUCUUGCCGAAUAUCAAG